AUGGCGUCCAAGAAAACCGAAGGACAGGGCAAUUUUACAUGGACUGACGACAAAAUUGAGUUGUUGCUUGCGGUUAUUUACGAAUAUAAAAACAGUAAGGAAUCAGAGGGAGUCAAUUAAGACGGGGAGUCAAUUAAGACAAAAUACGACGAAAUCAGAGCCUUGUUGUUAGCGAGAUAUCCUCGAAAUCAAGAUGCAGACGAUCAAAGAGAAUUCCCUUUAGAAAAGGGAAAGAAUCCAUCCGAAGAGUUAACAAAGGAGCGAGUUGUUGCCAAAAUAAAAGCUUUGCGAUUGAAAUGCCGAAAAGCUUUAGAUUCUGGUAGAAAGAGUGGAGGUGGAAGAGUUGUUGCUCAGUUCUAUGAUAUAUGUUCAAAAAUCUGGAGUGGAAGUCCUGCAGCGGAGGCAAUUGAAGGAGGUAUUGACAGCAGCCUUACGUCAGAAAACACAACAACAGAAACAACCAAUGAUGAGUCGAGUAUUCCACCAGAACCAGUACAAGCUCCGAAUGAUGCUAUGUCAAACGAUGAAAGUGAAACUAGCACACAAGGUCCUGAUCAUCAUCGAAGAGAUCUAGUAAAGCAUUUACAGGAAAGCAGAAAUGCUAAGCUCAAGAAAAAAAUUCCAGUUGAUAAACAGAUACUUGACAUAACAAAAAAGGAUUUUGAGCUGAAAAGAGAGAUGAUGGAGCACAUGAAACAUAUGGAAGCUGAACAUAACAAGCAAAUGAAAACUCUUUCAGAGUCUAUGGUUGGACUGACUAAUGCUUUAACAGCCGCAAUCGCAGGUCGACAAUAUCAACCGCAGCCAAAUGGUCAAUUCCAACAGCAUGUCCAACCAGGUGCACAAUAUCAACAUCCGAUAGGUAUAGUUCAAUAUGCAUUAUGUCACUCUAUGACUAGUGCAUGGUACAAAAUAUACCUACAACUUUAGAGUUUACUUAGUCAAAUGUUAAAUUAUUUUAAUCACCUUAUGCCCUUUUCACUGUAUAUACCAGCAAAUGAAAAUUCCUAAUAUACCACCUUAUAAAUGCAGCUGGAGUAAAUAAUUUUUUGUUAUUAAUUUGCAACAGGUAGCCAGUAUCAACAGCCAGUCCAAUACAUGCAAUAUGGUAGUUUUCAACCUUCUGUAAUUAACCAAAUACCACAGCAACAACCUCUACAGCCACUUUUGAACCAUGCACAGAUCACAGAACUAGAUUAUCAGAUGGAGCAAGGGGGAGAUCAACAUACAUAG